UUAACUUCCAGGGAAAGUUGCGACAGUGUGCUUUUUCCUAUUUGACUCCCGCCUCAAGUAGCAACCCUCUCUCUCUCUCUUAUAUUGGAAAUUCGGAAAUCUGAAGGUGCUCUUCUUGAUAUUCAAAUCAACAAAUUGAGCUUAUAUUGACUGUGAUUAAUAAUGAGUGGUAUAAAUUUUGGCUUUGAUGCGUUUAAUGGCUCUCCGAGAAAUCUUAAACGAGAAGAUUCACCGUCAUCUUCCGCACAACAGGACGAUGUUGCUGCCGGCGGCUUGCAGGUCCAUUGCUUCACCGAAAUCGUCGACGAUACUACGCUUCAUUUCCAGAUCAUCCGCCUUCACAAACAGAUAUAUGCAUGGAUUGGCUGCAACUCUGCUAAAUUUGGGCAUCUUUACGCGGCUGCGCCCACGCGGCCUAGUAAUACUGUGAGUGUUGCUUGUUUACUUGGAGGAGCUUCUGAUAAUACGGGAUCUGGCAUUGCUCGACGAUUAGCGUUAAAGACUGGCCUUAAUAUAAUCCUGGCUUGUAAUAUUCCUAAGAACGCUCCCAUGCUUGAGGUGAAUGCUGAGAAAAAGUUAGUGGAGAAGCUAACCUAUUUGGGCUAUACAAAAAAAAAAUUGUUAUCUUCAUAGCAGAGAGCUGAAAGUAUUCUGCAAUGUGAUGGAAUAGAUGUCUCUACUUGCAGUGGUUCAUGUUGCACAGUAUGACAGCAUAGUCAAAGACAGAUUGAUAAAGGGAGAUUUGAUGGAUAAAGCUUCUUUCUGCUUCAGUGGUAUUGCUGUUGGUCUGAAUAAUUCUAGAGUAGAUAAUAGAAUAAAAAAAUACAACACUUGUAGGGUUGUGAAUUAAUUAGCACUGUUGGGUGAAGUUAAUGUUUGACUGUGUUGUUUGAUUUUAGCAUUUUUAGCUUUCAGUAUGCGUUCGCUGGUGCAUGCGGUCCUGUACUUGGUUCUUUCUUGCAGCUGCAAUAUGAAUGCUAUUUACUGGAGAAUCAUGAUGUAACUUGUGCAAGUUGUUAUGGUUUCAGCUUGUUACUUUUCUAUU